CCUGUCCGCCAUUGUGGACCCGAGAAGCGGAGAGCGAGCGGAGCGGAGCGGAACGUGCGCGCCGAGGAGACGGGCCCUUCCGCCGACCCCGAGCGCGAGGCCGGCUCUCUGGUCCUCCCCACCUCCCCGGGGGCGGCGAGCGGCGGCCCGGACGGUCCUUGCCCGAGGGCGGCGGCCACUGCUGUGAGUGCUCGCUCGGGGAGAGGCCCAGGCGGCGGCGGCUCCUCGCGGGUUGCGGUGAAGAAUGUCAGCCACUAGCGUGGAUCAGAGACCUAAAGGGCAAGGAAAUAAAGUUUCAGUGCAGAAUGGUUCUAUUCAUCAGAAAGAUGCUGUGAAUGAUGAUGAUUUUGAGCCAUACCUAAGUAGCCAGACAAAUCAGAGUAACAGCUAUCCACCAAUGUCAGAUCCAUAUAUGCCUAGUUAUUAUGCUCCAUCUAUUGGAUUUCCAUAUUCUCUUGGGGAAGCAGCAUGGUCCACAGCUGGAGACCAGCCUAUGCCAUACCUGACAACUUAUGGACAGAUGAGUAAUGGAGAACAUCAUUAUAUACCAGAUGGUGUUUUUAGUCAACCUGGAGCAUUAGGAAAUACUCCUCCAUUUCUUGGUCAACAUGGAUUUAACUUUUUUCCUGGUAAUGCUGAUUUCUCUACAUGGGGGACAAGUGGAUCUCAGGGACAAUCAACACAAAGUUCUGCUUAUAGUAGCAGUUAUGGCUAUCCACCUAGUUCUCUUGGCAGAGCUAUUACUGAUGGACAGGCAGGAUUUGGCAAUGAUACUUUGAGUAAGGUGCCUGGUAUUAGUAGUAUUGAGCAAGGCAUGACUGGACUGAAAAUUGGUGGUGACCUGACAGCGGCAGUUACAAAAACUGUAGGUACAGCUUUGAGCAGCAGUGGUAUGACUAGCAUUGCAACCAAUAAUGUGCCCCCAGUUAGUAGUGCAGCACCUAAACCAACUUCUUGGGCUGCUAUUGCCAGAAAGCCUGCCAAACCUCAACCGAAACUGAAGCCUAAGGGCAAUGUGGGAAUUGGGGGUUCUGCUGUGCCACCACCUCCUAUUAAACACAACAUGAAUAUUGGAACCUGGGAUGAAAAGGGGUCAAUGGUUAAGGCUCCACCAACCCAACCAGUUCUGCCUCCUCAAACUAUAAUCCAGCAGCCUCAGCCAUUAAUUCAACCACCACCAUUGGUGCAAAGCCAACUGCCUCAACAGCAGCCUCAGCCACCACAACCACAGCAGCAACAAGGACCUCAGCCACAGGCCCAGCCUCACCAAGUGCAGCCUCAACAGCAGCAGCUGCAGAAUCGCUGGGUGGCUCCUAGAAACCGGGGAGCCGGCUUCAACCAGAACAAUGGAGCGGGCAGUGAGAACUUCGGUUUAGGUGUUGUACCUGUCAGUGCUUCGCCUUCUAGUGUAGAGGUGCAUCCAGUGUUGGAAAAGCUAAAGGCCAUAAACAACUAUAAUCCCAAAGACUUUGAUUGGAACCUGAAGAAUGGACGUGUGUUUAUAAUUAAAAGCUACUCUGAGGAUGACAUACAUCGUUCCAUUAAAUACUCUAUCUGGUGUAGUACUGAACAUGGUAAUAAGCGUUUGGAUGCAGCUUACCGUUCUCUGAAUGGGAAAGGCCCACUCUAUUUACUCUUCAGUGUGAAUGGUAGUGGACAUUUUUGUGGAGUGGCUGAAAUGAAGUCUGUUGUGGACUAUAAUGCAUAUGCUGGUGUCUGGUCUCAGGAUAAGUGGAAGGGCAAAUUUGAAGUUAAAUGGAUCUUUGUGAAAGAUGUUCCCAAUAACCAAUUACGGCACAUUCGCUUAGAAAAUAAUGACAACAAACCAGUAACCAAUUCAAGGGACACUCAAGAAGUACCCCUAGAAAAAGCAAAGCAAGUGCUUAAAAUAAUUGCUACUUUCAAGCAUACCACCUCAAUCUUUGAUGACUUUGCACAUUAUGAAAAGCGUCAAGAAGAAGAAGAAGCCAUGAGAAGGGUAUCAAGUCUGGCCUACAAGCAACUUUAUGUGGGUGCUGAGUAAUUGAACCCAGGCCAGCAGACUUUGCAAGCAGGAAAGAAAUAGGAACAAACAGUAACCACAGUAUGAAGAUGUCUUGUUCAAAUGACAACACUAAUGAUGUAGACUCUGGAAAUGCCUAAUAAGUCAAAGAAGACGUUAUUAAAGCUUUUUUUCUGCUUAAGGUGACAUCUUUGAACACUUUAACACAAAAUUGACUCUUCUUGUAAUGGUUUUCAUCAGCGCAUCUGCCCUUAUACUCUCACCAAACACACUUGAGAACUGUAACUUUGUCAAGCACUUUUGUCCUGAAGCUUUUACCAGUAUCUGCUGUCUUUCGUAAUUAUGCAUCCUAGCUAAGGCACAGAAGACUGAAUGAAUGCAAGGAUUCAUUAACUUGGAAUUUGUUAAAUACUAACAGUUAACCAUUAGAAGUGGUUCAAUGAUGUAAGAGUCACACUGCUUCAACUUUUUCUUUGUUGUAGUUUUUAAAUUAUCAAUUUUUAGCUACUUGACAAGAUUAAAAGCAAAAUAAUCAUGCCAUAUUUAGUCCUGGAGUUCAAGUCUAAAUGUUUAUGUGAAAAAAUACUGUAGUAAACUUUUAAUAUGGCAAAGCAACCUUAAGCUCUAUUUUAGCCAAAUGAAACAUAAUCUGAAAUAAUAUUAGAACAUCUCCCUUGUCUUCAAACUGUUUGGUGUAACAGAAUAUUGAUAUGCAGCUUGGUGGAUUUCACCAGUUAAUGCACAUUGUUCUCCCCUCCUUUCCCCAGUUAUAUGUAUACUGAGAAAUGUGCAUUUGUCUGAGGAGUUAUUUUGUUUCUACCACUUAAUGAACCUCAAAAUUUUGAGUAAAUGUACCUCAGUCUAAUCAGACUUUUUAUGACCUUUAUAACUACAUUUAAAACCCUUAAUUCCUAUUUCUGGGUGUUUGCGAGCCUGAUUGCUAUCAUGAAGUAAAAAUUUUAUUAUUCUAGGUAUUCACUAGCUAAAUAAACAUAGUUCUUGUUUAGCAAGCAUAUACUGUUCCUCAACUCUCUUCUCCAGCUUUUGCAGUGUCCUGGCAUCCUUAAAAUACUUUGAAAAUAUGGCCUUGAUCCAUGAAUUAAAUCAGUAUCUAAGUGAAUGUGUUGAUGUUUUAUUGAUCAGAUCUAUAUAAGUGGGAAUACAGCAUAUACCUGGGUAUUCUUAUAGUUAUCUUUUUAACAUCUUAUUUUUUUCAUUAAUUACAUAUCAACAUUAAUUUUGUAUUUUGAAACAAAUUGAUUUUGUAUAAUUGAAUGUGUCAUGCAUCUGUAUUAACUGAUUUGAUGGCAUAAGGUUAUGAAAACAAUGCCCUGCCCCUUAUAUACUGUUCCAAAAGGAGAAAGCUAUGUAGAAUGAUAUGUUAAGGGUGAAAAUAGCAAUACAGUAGAUUUGAAUACCUUGAUGUUUUGCAUUACUGUUUAUGUUUACAUCAUGUUUAGAAAUCUUUUCAUUUGCUAUGGUGUUUGGUCAUUUCAACUCAAAAACCUAGUGACAGAUAUUUCUUUGAGACUUUGGUUUAUAUAAUUUUUUGUACAAUAUUUUCUUAAAAUGUACAACAAAUACUGUGUUUUUUUAUUAGAACACAGUAUUUGCAGAUAACCAUAGCUACUCCACAAUUCUUUGGUAGUCCCAAUGUAGUUAUAUCAAUGUUUACUGAAGGGAACAUCUAAAUAUUAAUGGUAUAUUACAGAAUAAAAACUUUCUUAAAGGAAAAUUGCACCUAUUUUACCUUUUUGAGACUAAGCCAUGAAAACUUAUAUCUCUUAACUCUUUAUAAAUGAAAAUUGGCAUUUGAGUAUAGUCAACAUAGCUAUGUUCUACAUCCCUAAGAUUGUAUAGGUAGGACAUUCAGAGAUUACUGUUGUCAUUCUGGAGGUCCUGCUGGAGACAACUGUAAAGGGUGACCUUGUUGGAAGGAGCUGAGUCCUCCCCUGAGGUUCUCUUUUCUUGGUGCUUUAUUAGCAACUCUGGAUAUUUUUAUAAAACUAGUUAUAUUAUAAAUGAAUUCAAACUUGUUAAAUUGACAUUAGUUUUUAUGUAAGAAAUCUGGAAACACUCAUGAGCAGUGGGCUGACUGCAGUAGACUCAGAUAGGUCCCAUGUAGUUGAGAGUCUAUUCAUGGUGAGGAGUACAUCCCAGUGCCUUUAACCUGGAUUUCUAAUCUUAAGGAAAUGGGUGCAGCAUUCCUUUAGAAGAAAAAGGCUUUUCACUUGGUAAUGUGUGUUUUUCUCAUUUAAGUUUUUUUCCAAAGUACCAACUUUCUCUUCCUUCUUGGUCAGGCAAUGUAUUGCAAGAUAUUACUCCUCUAAAAUGAAUUUAUUACAGGUUGUCUCACGAGCACAGCCAACUGAAUGUUUCUUAAUUGUGAGGACCAAAGGGGAGUAUUGGGCUUUACAAAAGAAGAUAGGUACAUAAUCAAAUGUUUGAAUAAUCUGAAGUUAAGAUAUUGGCCCGUAAAUUUCAUUCUUAAUGGUUUUCCAAUUUCUCAUUCGAAUGAUUAUUAUUAAAGUUAAUCUUAUGUGGGUAUUUUUAUUUUGAAAGGUAUUAUACUUUUUAUAUUUAUCAGUAAGGGGGAAAAUGUAACCAAAAUUAGUAUUGUUUCACUAUACAUAUUGGUACUUGAAAAUUCCUUUAAAAAACUCACCCGUUUUAGUAGUACUUAAUUCCUAGUUUUAACAUAAGUGAUCUAAUUCAGAAACUCUUAUUUUUGAGUACCAUGCAUGAGGGGCUAAGCUGAUGUUAAAAGUUUGCAAUAAUAAAAUGAAUCAGCUUAAGUCAUUUAAUCAUAUCAAAUGCAUUUUGCAUCCUUUAAAAGUAAGUUUGAGAGAUUUAAGAGAAAUGUGUUUUCAUUAAGUUUUGCAUAUCUUUUGUUAUGCCAUGUAAAUUCCCUUUUUCCUAUGAUUAAAAGAGGGUUAUGAUAAAAUGAUUAGUUCAUUUACCUUCACUUGUAGCAGUUACAUGAGAAUUUGAAUUUUGUCGUGUUUGGGUUUGUUCAUUCCUGUGAAUGAUGGUACAGUUAGGUGAGAUUUUUUUUUUUUUUUUUUUUUGUUAUGGUACCCAAACUCACCAUUUGGUCCUCUUUAAUCUUUGAGGGUUUCAAUAAAAAUUGUUCACUCA